CUUUUGUGCUGAGCGUAAUUAAACUGCGAGGAAGGCACUCCCUGCUGAGCCUCCUUACCCUUCUACUUAAUACAUUGCUUUCAUAGUGAUGACUCCAGAAAAAAAGCACUGACAAAUUAACACCACCCUAUCCAGGAACUGGAGUAGCAGAAUGAUAAAGAACUAGAAUCUGUUGCCGUUUUGUCAACACGUGAAAACAGCAGACUGUCUCGGGCGCUUGGCUGGAAGUUGAAUUGAGGGGAAGUGGAAUCAGUUUUCCUGAGCUAAUUUCUCAUUUGCUGACAUCACAGAAUUAUCCAGCUCAGGCUCUUUUUGUUUUCUUUCUUUUUUUGAGAAGUUCUUUUGCUUUAAGUGCACAUAACCUGUAAUCCAGUCUCCAGGGAGUUACACUGAAACCAUGGGCUCAGAAGCUGAUGAAUCAAAAGAAGUGGCCACAGAUGUCUUUAGUUCCAAGAGCCUGGCAGUUCAGGCUCAGAAGAAGAUACUGGGGAAAAUGGCCUCCAAGUCAAUCGCUACAAUACUGAUAGACGACACCAGCAGUGAGGUCCUGGAUGAGUUGUACAGAAUAACCAGAGAGUUCACGCAAAACAAAAAGGCGGCAGAGAAGAUCACCAAAAACCUCAUCAAGAUAAUCAUCAAACUGGCCGUUCUCUUCAGGAACAACCAGUUCAACCAAGAAGAGCUAGCACUCAUGGAGAAGUUUAAGAAAAAAGUCCAUGGGUUGGCCAUGACUGUCGUCAGUUUCCACCAAGUUGAUUUUACUUUUGACCGGAAUGUUUUGUCCAAACUUUUGAAUGAAUGCAGGGAGUUACUCCACCAGGUUAUCAAUCGCCAUCUAACAGUAAAAUCCCAUGGACGAGUCAAUAUUGUCUUUGAUCAUUUUUCAGAUUGCGAGUUUCUUGCUGUUUUGUACAACCCCUUUGGACCUUACAAACACCAUUUGCUGAAACUAUGUGAUGGUGUCAACAAAAUGCUAGACGAGGGGCACAUAUGAGCACUUGCUAUAUUUUCUACGGAUUUACUUUUCUUGCAUAAAUAACACUGCAGACGUAUGAGAGAAUAAGGAACAUUUUCAGGAAAUAAAGUGUAUGUAUGUAUUCUGUGCACGUUACAAUUGAUCACUUGCUGUAUGUAUUCUGUGCACGUUACAAUUGAUCACUUGCUGUAUUUUAUCUGUGCACAUUACAAUUGAUCACUUGCUGUAUUUUUCUUUGUGAUCAGGUUAUAUAUGCUAAUGUAUGUAUUGUUGUGCAGAAGCCUGAAUGCCUCUUUGCUGUGCUAUGCUGAAAAGAUAUAUAUAUAUAUAUAUAUAUAUAUAUAUAUAUAUAUAUAUAUAUAUUAUAUAUAUAUAAUAUAUAUAUAUAUAUAUAUUUUUACUGCAUUGCUUUUAAUAGUGGUUUAGACUGGGGGUCUUGGCUAACUAGCACUGAGGAAAACUGGUCAAACUUGACUCCAUCCAUAAAAAAAAACAUAAAGUACCAAAAAUUAAGUAACACGUCUCAGUAUUACUGUACAGUUUAUUUUGCCCUGUCUUACAGAUGGUUAGAUUUUGUGUCCUGCUAAAUCUAAAACAGUACAUUGUUGUGUAAUAUUCAUUAUGAUUCCAAAAAUGUAUUUUGUUGUUACAAACUUAAAUAUUUAUAAAGAGUUUUACUAAUACAUUCCUUUUGUAAGUACUCUGGAUUUGAAACUCGGUGACCUCCAAGCAAAUAUACUGUGUGAUGCAGUAAAACAAGUAUAAAAAUUAUAUACUGUAAUAUGAAAUAUUAUGUUGCAAAUAGGAGAGUGUUUAACUAAGUGUUUGUUUUUCAGAUGUUAUCUAACAAAAAAAAAAAAAAAUUAAACACAGCUGGUCAAUGCUGUAAAGCUA